AUGUCUGGUAAACCAAGAUAUUCCACACUUGUGGAAAUGCUCGAGCAUGCAACACAAGAAAGAACAUCCUCUCUCAUUUACAGACAAUUAGAUUACUCCAAUGAUGUGGUGGGGGAGGAGAAGAAACUUUUCUCUGACUUAUUGAAACCUUCAAGUAUCAAGGAGAUUAGUUAUUGUGAUUUCUUAAAGAAAGUGAAAUCUCUCUCCACUCUCAUUCAAACUCAAGCCAAAAGUGGUGAUAGAGCUUUGCUAAUCUUUGAACCAGGUAUUAACUUUAUUGCUGCUUUCUUUGCUACCUUGUUUGCUGGUGUUAUUGCUGUACCUGUCUAUCCUCCAAAGAACAAGGAAGAAUUCAACAAGUUGAGUAAGAUUCUGGCCGAUUCUAAACCAAGUUUAUUUCUGUUAUCCAAGCUCAUUCAUCAAAACUUUGAGCAACAUGGCAUUAACAAGUUUUUUACCAAGAUUAAUUCUCAACAACAUGUCGAGAAUCAGGUAAUACAAGAUGUACUCAGUGGUUGUCUGGAAACUUAUGAAGGUUUUAGUCUUUUGAUUUCAGACGCGGUUGACUACAGUGAUAAACAAUUGUAUACAUAUUGGAAACACCCAAACAUCGACACAGAUUCGGUUGCUUUCCUCCAAUAUACCUCUGGAUCAACCAGUGAUCCAAAAGGUGUCAUUCUCACUCAUAGAAACCUUCUCAACAAUCUUCAUGUUAUGAACUAUGCCCUACGAUACUCUAAUCAGAAACAUGUUGUGCUCUGGCUUCCUCCUUACCAUGACAUGGGUUUAAUUGCUGGUUUACUUGAAAUUGUCUAUUCGAAUUGUAGUGCUACUGUAUUAUCUCCAAUCUCCUUCCUGGAAAAUCCAUUACGUUGGAUGUGGGCAAUCAAUGAAUAUAGAGCCACAUUGCUGGGUGCUCCUAAUUUUGGUUAUGAUCUCUGUGUAAAGCACUUUCUAGCUCAUGAGAAGGAAUACAGAGAAAGUUUUAAAUUAUUCGAUUUUAGCAGUUUGGAAAUUGUGGCAUGUGGUGCAGAACCUAUCAGAGCAGAAACUAUGGAAAGUUUCAGUACACUCUUCUCUGAAUUUGGAUUGAAAAAACAAGCCAUGUAUCCAUGUUAUGGAUUGGCUGAGAGUACUCUCUAUGUCACUGGUGUAAACUAUAUGAAAGGUUUCGACUUUACCACAAUUGACAACAAGAACCAAUACAUUAUCAAGAAUGGAACAGUCGAACAAACACAAACUCAUCAAAAAUUCGUUAAUUGUGGUGUCAACUAUGAUGAAAAUCAAUCCAUUAAAAUUGUCGAUCCAGAAUCUUCUACAGAAAUGGAGAAUGGAAAGGUUGGUGAAGUUUGGUUGUCAAGUCCAAGUGUCGCUCAAGGUUAUUGGGAGAAACCAGAACUUUCUCAAGAGGUUUUCCAUGCACGAGUGGUUGGAGAUGAUAGGGAGUAUCUCAGAAGUGGAGAUUUGGGUUUCAUGUUGAAUGGAAACUUGUACAUUACUGGUCGUCGUAAGGAUGUCAUUAUUUUGAAUGGUGUGAAUUAUUAUCCUCAAGAUGUAGAAUUGGCAUGUUCUAAAUGUCAUGCACAGAUUAGAACUGGGUGUGUGGUGGCUGUUAAUAUUGCUGAUCGUGAUGGACAGGAUCGAUUGGUGAUAAUUGCUGAAACUAAAGUUGUUUCGAAUAGUGAGACACAAGUAUUGGAGAGUAUUGUACAAUCCAUACGAUCUGCAAUUGCCGAAUCGAUGGGAAUUCCAAUGUAUAAUGCCCUAUCGACCAUCCUUCUCAUGACUAAAGGAGGCAUUCUCAAGACCACAAGUGGUAAACUGAGACGUCAACCAACUAAACAAGCAUUUCUCAAUAACAAACUUCCUCCAAAACUAAUCGUUCACAGAUGGGAUCAGGAGAAACUCUCAGAUAGCGCUUCUCAACCAAGUACUCCAACAGAGAUUGGAUUGGCUAAAAUUUGGAAAGAAUUAACAGGAAUUGAUCCAUCACUUUCGAAUAACUUUUUCCUUUUGGGAGGAAGCUCUAUGAGUUUGAUUCAGCUAAAAUCUAGAAUCCAACAUGUUUUCAAUGUAAUUAUAAGUUUGACUGAUUUGGUAAUGUCGCCAACAUUGCAAUUGAUGGCUAAAUUGGUCGAUCAACACAGCAAUCAAUGUAAUACUAGCUCUGUACAAAUUUCAAAGAGAGAAAGGACAAGUGACACUUUAGAAUUAUCAAACUCACAAACGAGAUUCUGGUUCUUACAUCACUUGAUCGAUAAUCCUGCCAUUCACAAUGUUUUUGCAGGUGUUCGUUUGAAAGGUGACUUGGAUAAACAAGCUUUAGAAAAUUCCAUUACCAAACUUGUAGAACGUCAUGAAAGUUUACGUACAAGCUUUCAAGAAACAGAGAUGUCACCAAUGCAACACAUUCAUUCUGAAAUUUCUCUCAAAUUAAAUUCAAUUAGUUUGAAACAUCUCACUAGUGAAGAAGAAAAGAAUUUGGAAUUGAACAAGUUUCUCUUUGAUGAGGUGAACGCACCAUUCAACUUGAAUGAAGCUCCUCUUCUCAGAGCUAACUUGAUCGAAAUGUCAGAGUGUGAUCAUGUUUUGGCCAUGACUUUCCAUCAUAUCAUAAUCGAUGGAUGGUCCAUGAAUUUACUUGUUGAAGAGCUAGUUCAAUACUAUCUGGCUUUUAAGAAUCAUCAAUCGCCAAUUCUUCCACAAGUUCUUCAAUAUGGUGAUUACACACUGUGGAGCAAUCAACAACAAUCAAUGAAUGAAACUCAAUUAAAAUAUUGGGAAGAAAAACUCUCCAAUUUACCAGAAUCUAUCAAAUUGCCAACAGAAGGCGAAAACUUAUCCAAAUCAUUUGAUGGAUCUCAUUUCUGGUUUGCAAUCCCAGAAACUCUCGUUAACUCCUUAAGAAAGAUCGUUCAAUCAAGAGGAGCCACACUCUACAUGGGCAUGUUAACUCUAUUCAAUAUUUUACUGUACAGAUAUUCUGAACAGAAUGAUAUUGCAAUUGGAACACCUGUUGUGAAUAGACAGCAACAUGUUGAGUUGGAAGCACUGAUUGGACUCUUGGUAAAUACUCUGGUGAUUAGAAAUAAUGUGAAUCCAGAGCAUAAUUUCAUUGAAACUUUGAUGGAAAUCAAGUCAACUGUAAUUGAAGCUUUUGAAAAUCAAGAUGUUCCUUUCCAGAAAGUUGUAGAAAGAUUGAAAGAUUCACGUAAUUCAAUGGAGAAUCCACUUUUUCAAGUCAUGAUGGCCAUGCACAACCCACAACGGAAAAUUGUCAUGGAUAAUCUUGAAACUGAGCUAGUUAGAGUUGACAAUGGAUCAUCCAUGUUUAAUUUAACACUUGAAUUACAAGAAAUAGAGGAUGGAAGUUUACAAUGUUGUUUCGAAUAUAGAACUGAUCUUUUCAAGAAGGAAACUAUUGAAAGAAUGGCUGGAAAUCUUAUUGAACUAUUGAAAUCAGCCACAACUGAAUCGGAUAACAAAUCAAUAAGCAAGUUGUCUUUCCUAUCGAAUUCUGAAGUUGAAACUUUGAAUAAUUUUGGAAAUAUCACCAAUAAUGAUCUCAGUUCUUCAGUUUCGAAUAGAUUAUUACACGAACUCAUUGAAGAGCAAGCUAUCAAAACACCAGACAAUACCGCCGUCUACUUCCAAGGUAAAUCCUUCUCCUACCAACUUCUCGAUCAAAAAUCAGACCAAUUAGCAAGGAGAUUACGAGAUAUGAAUCACUCCAAAAAUCCCUUCAUUGCCAUUAGCAUUGACAGAAGCUUUGAAUUGAUUGUGAGUUUAGUUGCCAUUCUCAAAGCUGGAUUUGCCUAUCUCCCUCUCGAUCCAAGCUAUCCACAAGAACGAUUACUCUACGUGCUUGAUGAUUCACAAGCAGGUCUGUUAAUAACUCAAUCUAAUUAUUCUGAAAAAUUCAAAGACUAUCAAGGGAAAGUGUUGUCUAUUGAUAGAUUCGUUUGGUCAGCAAGUAGCACUUCCACAUCCUCCAUUAGUAUUGAGAAACCAUUGACAUCACCAAAUGAUUUGGCCUAUCUCAUUUACACUUCUGGCAGCACUGGAAAUCCAAAAGGUGUCAUGCUUUCUCACAGAAAUGUAAACAAUACUCUCAAUGGUCUAAUUAAAUUGUACGAAAUGAAGCAAGAUGACAAGUUUAUUCAUUACAGCUCCUAUAGCUUUGAUGUUUCAUUGGAAGAGAUUUUCCUUCCACUAAUUACAGGUGCUUCGAUUAUUGUGGCCAAUCCAAAUAUUCAAUAUCAGUUGGAGGAGCUUGUUGACUUGGUUGAGCAAACGAAGGCAACAAUCAUUGGUGUCACUCCAAGUUUGUGGCAUGGUAUAAGGUACCAUGUUUUGAGGAAUCCAAAAUCAACUGAAUCUUUAAGAAUUGUCACUAUUGGAAAUGAACCUGUUGAUUCGAAUGCAGUCAAAGAAAUCCAACAAAUGUGUCCCAAUGCAACAGUAUUCAAUGUAUGUGGAGGAACAGAGACUUGCAUUGAUUGGUCUCUCUUCAAGGUUCCAAAAGAUUAUGCACCUUUACAACAAGUAGUUCCUAUUGGAAAACCAAUUCCUGGUGUCAAAUUGUAUGUUUUGGAUUCGAAUAGAGAGUUAGUUCCAAUUGGAGUACCUGGAGAACUCUACGUUGGAGGAAAUGGUGUUGGAAAUGGAUAUUGGAAAAAUAGUGAGCUAACCUCCAAGAGCUUUAUUGAAAAUCCAUUCCAAACUAAAGACGAAAAACAGAACAAUGUUAAUGGAAAACUAUUCAAAACAGGAGAUUUGGUUAAAUGGUUACCUGAUGGAAAUAUGGUAUUCAUCUCCAGAUUGGAUCAUCAAGUGAAAUUAAGAGGAUUCAGAGUUGAAUUGGGUGAAAUUCAAAAUGUCAUGAGGAAGAGUGGUCUCGUCAGGGAGGCAAUUGUGAUUCUCCAAGAUGAUGAGAAUGUCAGUAACAAACAACUUGUUGGAUACAUUGUGUGUAAUGAGGGAGAAACUAGACCGCACUCAAUCAUCAUACAGCUAGUCAAUUCCUACUUGGAGAAACAUCUGCCAUACUAUAUGAUUCCAUCUCAUAUCAUUUGCAUUGAAAAAGUUCCAACAACCAAUAAUGGAAAAUUGGAUCGUAGAGCUUUACCAAGAGCAGUUGACCACCAGCAAACUAAAAGACUAGAAGAAAAUAUGGGAGAGGUCGAUCCAGCUGAUAUUCCAGAGAGUCAUUGCAAGCUAAGACAAAUUUGGUCCAAAGUACUCAAGAUGAAGGAGGAUUGCAUUGGGUUGAGUGAUAACUUUUUUGCAAUUGGUGGAAAUUCCAUUCUCAUUGCCCAAUUGAGAAGCAUGGUUCGUACAGAGUUGGGUAUUCAGUUAGAGUUGAAGACUUUCUUUGAAAAAUUAACAAUCCAAUCUAUGGCUACCCACAUUGAAACUGUUAGCCAAUAA